UGUAAAACUAUUUCGAGGUGGCUUCAGAUCAAGAGUUCUUCAGUGACAAUGUGGUUUCUUAUAAAAUUUAUAUCUGUUUUUACAACACUUAGUUAUAUUCAAACAAUUAUUAUCAUCGGUGCUGGACAAGUCGAAGUUUGUACGCGUCAGUCUUCUUCUUGUAUUUCCAUCAAGGAUUGCAAACACUUCAUGAGCUUUUUAGAACACACCGAAAAACCAUUGAAAAGUCCGAUCGUAAGUUUUUUGAGGUCUCACCAGUGCGGUUUUCAAGGUGGUUACCCGAAAGUUUGCUGUAAAGACCUUCCCGAAAAUUUUACUAUUUCUGUGCAACGAAAUAUUUCGACUGUAACCGGCAAUAUCGAAACACCGUGCGAUGAUAAAAAACAAAUUAAUAUUAAGGUUGAAAAUAUUGACGAAAAACGAAAAAUUUUGGAUGACUUCUUUUCAAAUUCUGACGAUGAUUUCGAUCUGUUAACGGAAUUUGACUUUUUAAGAAGGAAAAGACACUACGUGACUGAAAUUGAAAUUAGGUAAAAUUGUAAUAUUAAUUUUAAUUUGUAUUUUAACUUUUAUG